AUGUUGACACCUGCAGACGGCAGCGGCGUGCAGGCGGCGGCCGCCGUCAGCUCUCACGUGGCCUGUUUCUCGCGCCAAUCCAAUCUUUCUAGAGUGGGCGCCCAGGAGGGCAGCCGUAACGGCGUGCUCGACGGCGGCGGCGGCGGCGGCGGCGGCAGCGGCGGAGGAGACGGCCGUCGGUCAGGCGCGAGGGCGGCCGAAGCUGCGGGCGUGGCGGACCAGGGAGGCGCUGGCGGCGCUGGCGGCGGCGGCGGCGGCGGCGGGGCGGCGACUCAUUACUGGAAAGCAGGCGGCGAGCCGGCAGCCCGGCGGGCCGCUACUCGAGCCGCGGGUCGCAGCCGAGGAGAGGUGGGCCGGCCGCCUGCUUGUGGCGUUCCAUUUACGAAAGCAGUCGCAUCCAGGUCACCUUCAGCGACGGUGACAGCUCACUCCACGCACGCGAACAGCUCCCAAAAAUACUGGAUGAGUCACCAGCACAACGGACUUGCUAAACACGACCAGUGUAACGAUGCCUGA